CUUGGAAAUGGUGUAAGGAGAACAACGAGAGUGACUGGGUGGAAUGAAUCAAUGAAAAAGAAAGAAAGAAAAGUGAUUCCAACAGCCUGUGAGUUCUGACAACGUGUGGGUCCCACUCGACUCGUCUGGCCAGGUCAGUCUUCCCCUCCUUCUUCUUCUUCCUCCUCCUCCUCAUCCCACAUCUUCCACACAACCACAAACCAACCAUGAAAGUCUUCAACCAAAACACCGUCUUCUCUCUUCUCUUCCUCCUUUCCUUCUCCACACUCUCCGUCUUCUCCCACCUCUUCUCUCCCCCCGACAACUACCUCAUCAACUGCGGUUCCACUUCCCCCACCACCCUCCUCAACAACCGUCCUUUCACCGCCGAACACUCCCCUUCUUUUUCCACUUCCUCACACCCCCUUUUCGUCAAAAACCAAAACCCACUUCCCAAUUUGCCCCAAAUCUACCAUACCGCCAGGGUUUUCACUAAACCUACAAAAUACUCAUUUCCAGUCAAACAAAAAGGAACCCACUUCGUUCGUUUCCACUUUCACGCCUUCAAUUCAUCGAAUCUCGACCUGGGUCUUGCUAAAUUUAGCAUCUUGGUUGAUGGGUAUAUUGUUUUGAGCAAUUUCACUCGUUUUGUUACUGACAGUGAAAGAAACCCUAGGGUUGUUGAGUAUCUUAUAUGGGUUGAUUCUGAAAAGCUUGUGAUCGUGUUUGUGCCUGGUAAAGACUCGGACUUUGCGUUUGUCAAUGCUAUUGAGGUGAUUUCCGCACCUACAGAUCUUAUUCCUGAAACAGCACAGUAUUUGAUGAGUUCAGGGAAUUUGAAGAGUUUUGAUGAUUUGAACAAACAAGCUCUUGAGGUUGUGUAUAGGGUCACUGUUGGGGGUCCUAAAGUUACGCCUUUUAAUGAUUCUUUGUGGAGGACUUGGGUUCCUGAUGAGGAGUUUCUCAAAUCAAGUGUUGUGUUUGAGAAAUUUUACUUUGGUGGUAGAAUCAAUUAUCAUGUUGGAGGUGCUAGUCGCGAGGUUGGACCGGAUAAUGUUUAUAACACUGCUAGGUUGAUUAGAAGUAAGAAUGAUUCUGUGCCGAAUGUUAAUAUGACUUGGGUGUUUCCGAUUAUGGGUGGAUAUAAGUAUUUGGUUAGGUUGCAUUUCUGUGAUAUUGCUAGCAUUUCGGGUGGUUUGCUGUAUUUCAAUGUUUAUGUGAAUGGUUAUUUGGCUGUAGAAGAUUUGGAUAUCACUUCUAUUACGAGUUCGCUGGCUUCCCCGUAUUAUGUUGACUUUGUUGUCGAUGGAGAUAGCAGCAUCGGGGCUUUGAGUGUUAGUAUAGGUCCUUCGAAGAGCAGUCUUCCGCAUGUCAUUGAUGGUAUGUUGAAUGCGGUUGAGGUUAUGAAGUUGAACAAUCAAUACAAGAGUCUUGAUGGAAAUGUUUGUGCUGAUUUUGUUCUUAAGAGCCGCCGGUCACGUGGAAAUACUGGCAUUUUUCUUACUAUGGUGGCUGCUGUGUGCAUUGUGUUAAGCUUAUCCAUAGUGAUUCGUAGAAGGAUUAUUGAGUCGAGGGAAUCUGUAUCAUGGGCAAGGUUGCCUGUGAGUUCAUCUGAGGAUAAUGUUAAGUCUUAAUACUCGCAACUUAUAGUUUUAUUGUAAGAAAAAAGUGAGUCGCAGUGUUUAUUCUACAAGUAAAUAAGUUGUUUGUAGAAUAUCUGCAAAUCAAGCCAUCUAAGUGGCUUUGAUAAGAAAAGAGAAACAUGGAAGAACAUGCUGCUGAUCAACCUUCUGGAUGCAGAGUACGAAAUUCCGACUGAUAACACUUUUUAGGAAUUGUUGUAAUAUAUAUCUAAGUUGUCUUACUUGUUUAUAUCAUAAUAUUAUUAAGGCAUACCGUUUGCCAUUACACUAUUUUGUUUCGAUCAUUUUUCGUUUUGUUCUAUUUUUAAUAUUGUAGCUUUUAUCAUUUGUAACUGUUUGAAAUGUGAAAAUGAUUAUGCAGCUUUAAUUGAGUAGUAAUAUGAGGUUACUGAU